AUGUCCAACCACCCACCCGAUGUUUUAAAACAACAAAUUCAACAACAACUCUCCCGAUUAUUGAAACAAUUACAAGACGUGGAGAAUGAUAAAGAAAUGCUGGACUCGGAAGAGGAAUAUUUGGAAAUAAAGAGGGAAACGUUGCAACAGUUGGAAGAAUUUCAACAAACGUUAAAUCAAAUUGGGCAAAAUGAUGAAAUACUUCGGGAUGAUAUUCGAUCGUUUAGAAUGGCUGUUCGUGCCGCCUGUGUAGAGACUUUUAAGACAUUGGAAAUUAUUCAAAUGUUUGCACAGCAAAAUACUAAUCAAAUCAAGGAAAAACUAUCAUCACUGGAAACUUCGUUCCGAUUGCACAAAAUUCCAGAAUCCGAAUUCAUUUCUCAGAAAACAGAAAUAUUAGGAGCACUUCAAAAAUUGAAUUCACCUCUCACCCAAGAGCAAGAACAAUUCCUUAAAAAACAUAUGAACUCGAAAUUGAAAGAAUUUAUUGAAAAUGAUUCAUUUGAACAAACUGUAUUAUCCAACAUUAAAAAUUGA